AUGGAUGUCGAGCGAAGGACAGUCCAAGGCCUCACUGAGGAGGAGAUGGGCCGGGCUCGAGGGCGAGAGCACGAGGCCCGACCCAGUCGCCCAGCCAGAGAAGCACGAGCGAUGGCCGAAGGCAUGCCGUUGGGGCGCGGGCGGAGCACGCCGAGCGUGCGCGGCGAGGACGACGACCUCCCGCACCCGGUGCUGCAGGGGCACGAGCGCGGCUUCGGCGUGCCGAGGGCGAGGGGCACCAGGGCGCAGCUGCUGAAGCAGAGAGGCCUGGUGCCGGCGUGGCCAGGGGCAGACUGCGGGCGAGCGAGGGCCGAGGAGGAGGCCGAGGAGCCCAGCAGGCACGCGAGGAGGUUGCCAUGGAGGCGAGAGUGCAGCUGCCAGAGCCCCGAGGGCAGCGGAGGCCAGCCGCGCUGUAGAAUCUUGGCACGGAUGCUGCGGGCCCUUGAGCUGCGGUGGCCUCUGUAG